GGUUACAUCCGAUGGUUAGCAGGCCGAGAAAGAGGUCUCACCCCCUUUACUACGGCAUCAUUAACCUCUCCGCUAUAUAAAUCUCCACUUCCCUCAUCUUUUUCGGAAUCAGUCGGUCACUGAUCUCUCUCAAUUCUUUCCCCUAUAUACUUAAACAAUAUUGUUAUACUGACCUCAAAGAUUCAGAUUCGAUGGAGGUGGCGAAUGUCGUGGUGGUGGUGGCAGUUGUGGCGGCUUACUUGCUGUGGUUCAAGCGUAUCUCACGGAGUCUUAAGGGUCCGCGUGUCUGGCCCUUAUUGGGCAGUCUCCCGGGGCUGACCCAGAACCGCGAACGCAUGCACGACUGGAUCACAGAGAACCUACGGGCGUGCGGAGGGACGUACCAGACGUGCAUAUGCGCAUUGCCUUUCUUGGCUCGGAAGCAAGGUCUGGUGACGGUGACUUGCGACCCGAAGAACAUAGAGCACAUGCUCAAGACCCGCUUCGACAACUAUCCCAAGGGCCCCACCUGGCAAGCUGUCUUCCACGACCUCCUCGGCCAUGGCAUCUUCAACUCCGACGGCGACACCUGGCUCUUCCAGCGCAAAACCGCCGCUCUCGAGUUCACCACCAGAACGCUGCGGCAAGCCAUGGGGCGGUGGGUAAACCGGGGAAUAAAAAACCGGUUCUGCCCGAUCCUGGAAUCGGCUAGCGCAAAAGCCGAGCCGGUUGAUCUCCAGGACUUGUUUCUGCGGCUCACUUUCGACAACAUCUGCGGUUUGGCCUUCGGCAGGGAGACCCGAACCUGCUCGCCCGGCCUCCCAACCAAUAGCUUCGCCUCGGCUUUCGACUGCGCCACUCAGGCCUCUCUUCAACGCUUCAUUUUGCCUGAGUUCCUCUGGAGGCUCAAGAAAUGGCUUCGGCUCGGCUUGGAAGUCAGCUUGAGCCGAAGCCUCCUCGAAAUCGACGGCUACAUGGCUGACGUCAUCACCGCUCGCAAGGAAGAACUGCUGCUGAGUCAGCAGGAUGGUGGGACCCAGCGCCACGACGAUCUUCUCUCUCGCUUCAUGAAGCGCAAGGAGGCGACCUUUGACGAGAGCUUCCUGCAGCAAGUGGCGGUAAACUUCAUCCUUGCCGGACGCGACACGUCAUCGGUGGCGUUGAGCUGGUUCUUCUGGCUUAUCACCAACCAUCCCGCUGUAGAGGACAGGAUCGUGAGGGAGAUCUGCUCCGUCCUGAUCGAGACACGUGGCACUGACGUCUCGUCCUGGACGGAGGAGCCGCUAGGGUUCGACGAGGUAGACCGCUUGGUGUAUCUGAAGGCGGCGCUGUCUGAGACUCUGAGGCUGUAUCCGCCGGUGCCGGAGGACUCGAAGCACGUCGUGAACGACGACGUUUUGCCGGACGGGACCUUCGUCCCCGCGGGAUCGUCGGUGACGUACUCGAUCUACGCGAUCGGGAGGACGAAGGCGGCGUGGGGAGAGGACUGCCUGGAAUUCAAUCCGGAGAGGUGGAUCUCACCAUCGGAGGGAGGGAAAUUCAUCAAUCACGACCAGUAUCGGUUCGUGGCGUUCAACGCAGGGCCGAGGACUUGCCUGGGGAAGGACAUGGCGUACCUGCAGAUGAAAUCGAUCGCGGCGGCGUUGCUGCUCCGCCACCGCGUGACGAUGGUGCCGGGGCACAAGGUUGAGCAGAAGAUGUCGUUGACGCUCUUCAUGAAAAACGGCCUCCGAGUUCACCUCCACAAGAGGGAUCUGGGAGCGAUCGUGGAGAGUAUAAUGGCGGAGAGAGACGCCGGCAAAUGCGAUGGCGUCUGCGUUUAAACCCUACAGUGUCGUCGUUUCAUAUUUAGUCCACGGUUUGAUUGCCUCUUCUAGCUUUGAUUUCAUAUCCAUACUUAAAAUUUUUGUUUCAAUUGGUAUACUUUUGUGGGCGGUUCAAUUUGGAAGUAGAAAUCAAGACAAAGUUGUAAGCUUUUUAGUCCAAAUAAAUAUACUGUUUUUCUUUC